UCCACUUUUAAUGCAGCUCAGUAAGUUAGUCAUCGCAUUCCACCGCCCCCCAAAAUCAUAUCCCUCUGAAGGAAAUACUUAAGGCAUGCGAGGGAGAUUAAAAGAAAGCAGCUAGCGAGCCGUGGCACGUGUGGCCCGGAGACAACGGAGAAGGCCAGAAGGAAGGAGGACUAUCCAUGAGGGCAGCAGAAGGCAGAGAGCAACAAGGAUAAGACCACCCCAGAGAGCCCCAAAUGGAUCUUGUGGCACAGAAAAACCUAGCCGAGGGAGGCACAAAGGGUCCCGUCUACCUUGGAACUCUGGUGGGCAAUUCUCUGCCGCCAGCGCCGAUGAGUUUCAACAAUGAGAUCACAAGAUGUCAUCACUGUGAAGAAGCUCAUGGCUCCUCAGGAUGCCUCUGCUCCAGAGAGGGGGUCCCCUUCGCAAACGCGGACUGCUCAGAGAAAGAUAUCAUGACAGAAGAUGAAAUUUACUGCGGCUGCCUCUCCAAGACACUCUGCCACACCUCCACACCAGUCACCGUCGGUUUCUACUCCCCCUGCGGGACUCGGCUCCACUCGCUGCUUGACCAGAUUGCAGGAUGCAUGCGCAAAGAAUCCGCCCGGAGAGAAGAAAGUGAGUACAGGAGGAUCCAUGAGAGGCCGCGUCGACCAGAAGGUCGGAACUACCUCACUCUCCUGUGGUACUUGGUCUUCUACCAGCCGGUGAUCACUGAGAUCCACCUCAGGAGGAAGAACAUUGAUUUCAUCUUCAUAAGGUUUACUGCCUGGCAGUACGCUGGCAGCGACAAGCUCUGGGCCGGGCUGGUCUUGACCCUGUGCGACCACAUCCGCCACCACUUUGGGCCUCUCCCUCUGAGCUUCUACAGCGUGGUGGGAAGCAAGCCUCGGUUUGCCUCCGGGUUCAGCCAGCAAGAAUGGAGGCUCAAGAAAAAGGUCGUCUAUACAGCCUCAGGACUAGUGGUCGUCUUGAUAGCGGGAGUGGGCCUAGCCACAACUGCGCUCCUCAUACCGGGGAUAAGAGAUGGCAGCGCCUUGAAGAUCAUCGGCACCACCAUCGCUGGCAUUUCUGGCUCUGGAGCCAUCGUGGCCCUUGCCCCAAUCAUCAAGCACCUGAUCAUCAGCCAGAAGAACAAGAUCGAGAAAAUGACCGAUGACGAGAAAUUCACCAGCCACUUGGGCUUCAUGAGCGCAGUGAAGAAAGAAAUCGAAAUCCUCACCAACUUUGUGUAUUACAUGGAGAUCUUUGAGAGACGUCGGCUGAGGAUAGUCUUUGAGAUCACCAGUUUGGACAUGUGCUACCCAGAAAGGGUCAUCGGGGUCCUGAAUGCUAUCAACACCUUGCUUUCAGACACCAAUGCCCCAUUCAUUUUCAUCCUGGUGGUGGAUCCUUGCAUCAUUGUCUCAUGCUUAGAGCAAGCCUCCACCAUGAAGGGAAUGGCCGAUAACGGCUACCUCUACCUCAACCGCACUGUGACGUUGCCUUUCUCCAUCCCGGAAAUCGGUAUCCAUUCAAAGGUGCGGUUUUUGCAUGAGGCCUUCCAGAACCGGGAAGACCUGAUGUACAGGAUCAUCACGAGAAAUGUGGAACAGGGGAUCAGAAAGUGUAAAGGGAAUGAUAAGACAUUGGUGGACAUGGAAGCAUCUAUGGAGGAGGACCAGCACCAAAUCGAUGCUCAGGCCGUGCAAUACAUCCAUGAAGCUUUCCACUGCUUGCACAAUGAGUUUGAUCACCUUUACAAGUACAUCCCAGACAGCAUUGUCCAGAUGAGGAGGAUCGUCAACACCAUCCCCAUCACCAUCAGGCUCAUGACUCAGCAGCACUUUCUGCGCCACAACAUCUGCCCCAGGUCAGUGGCGGGCUGGGUGGUCUUAGUCAACCAGUGGCCAUGCCGCUUGAGCUGGAUACUGGAGUGCAUGGACGACAGGCUGCAGAUACAGCCGGUGAGAGACUACGAAGAGCAACCGAUGUGGCACGUCUUUACGGAGAAUUGCAAGGACCUCUUCUCCAAGCACAAGGAGCUGAAGAACAUCAUGGCCUUGGAUGGUGACCCAGAGCUCUUCGAGAAGUUCUUGUCAUGCCACUUCCCCUACUCCGUGCGGGAAGGAGAGAAGUACCUUAAGUACACCGUCAACUUGGACCACUCCAUAAGAUACCAGAUGAGGGAGCUACGGGCCCUGGCUACCCUGGACAAGAACUACAGCAAAGAUGAUCAUGACGCUACCUCAGGAAGAACGGUUUAAGACACUGGCAGUCAAGCUGUGCUCCAGGAACCCCUUGGGAGCUGACUGGGGGUCCUUCAAGACAAGAAGCCCAAGAACAGCGAACAAGGGGUGCAAGAGACAGCUUGCCUGCCAUCCUCCAGUGUGGAGUUGCCAAGGAAUGUUGUUGGGUUAUUCAGGGCAUAACCCACAUUGUGAAGGAUCACCAUAAAGGCCUUCUUAUUUAAGAUGAUGAGCACAUGAACUUGUAUGUGAAUGAGGUAUUUUGAAAGAUUUGGGGCAUUUCUAAUGUGCAGUGCUAAAAAGUGCGUGUGGAGGACCUCUCUUGUGCCGCCGUUGUGCGUCGCUUGUGAAUGCCUUGCUCAAGGCAGAGAAAGCAGACAUACACGGCAGCUAGCAUAGGCUUUCGAUUUGUGUUAGGAACUUAACUGAACCUCAUUAUUUACUUGGAAGGAAAGUGGUAUUUAUAAUUUCCGAUGGCCAUUUCAGGGCUGUAUAUACUCUGCAACUGCACAAGGGCAGAGAAAAAUACAGAAUGUGGAACUAGGCACAGCAAUCAGCAUCUCAGGAAUUAGAUUAUUAUUAUUAUUAUUAUUAUUAUUAUUAUUAUUAUUAUUAUUAAAAUCAUGUGGGUGGCCCUCAUGGCCACUAAGCUAGGCUUGAAGGUGUGGGGGUGAUUAGAAUGUCAGAAGCCAGAAAGGUUGUCUGAAUUAUUAUUAUUAUUAUUAUUAUUUUUACAUUUAUAUCCCGCUCUUCCUCCAAGGAGCCCAGAGCGGUGUACUACAUACUUGAGUUUCUCCUCACAACAACCCUGUGAAGUAGGUUAGGCUGAGAGAGAAGUGACUGGCCCAGAGUCACCCAGCUAGUAUCAUGGCUGAAUGGGGAUUUGAACUUGGGUCUCCCUGGUCCUAGUCCAACACUCUAACCAUUACACCAUGCUGGCUCAAUGGAAUAAGAUUUCCAUUGAGGCAGAGGGUGGAGUGGGGUGUCGGUGCCCUGAACAGAAUUUCGUUUGGCUUGCUAUAGAAACUACUAUUAAUUUAAAUACAGCAUAAAGGCAGUUCUGGGCUAGGUUUAUAUCUUUGAAGAACAACAGUAAAUUGCCCUCUGCCUAGCUAGGAAGCUUAGUUGAUUUUUGGAGAAGGCUUUGAAAGAGAGAGAAGAGCCAGGCCUUCAAAUUCUGGUCUUCGGUGUUAUCUCGGGGGACAAAUGCUCAUAGUGAUUUCUGGCAACAUCUACCUCCACACCAGGGAUGGAUAGCAUUGUUGCAUUUACAGCUUUGUCUGUGUUGUCACCCCUUCUGUGUCCCUGACCCCCAACCAUUCGGGUAAAAUUGCAGUCAUUUUGGCAUAGAAGAGCAAGGAGGGUAAGGGUCAAAGUAGCAGUGAACAAAUUGUUCUACUCCCCCGCUUCAUGGAGUAAUCUUUGGAGAACAGAACAUCCCUGCCAAAUUUCAUUUUCAUUUCUCCAACAUCAAUAAAAUCUAAUGGCAGUUUC